UGUCAACUCAUCCUCACGGACUGCAAGACCUCAUCAUCCAUCUAAAAUGAAAUCCUUCAUCGUGUUCGCUCUGUUCGUGGCUGCGGCCGUCGCCCUCCCCGUUGACGAAAAGGAUGCCAUCAUCGAACAAUACGACAACAACAACAUCGGAGUCAAUGGAUACAACUACAAAUUAAGGACAUCCAACGGCAUCAACUUAGCAGAAGAUGCUGUCGUCAAGAACGAAGGAUCCGAAAAUGAGGCUUUGGAAGUCCGUGGACAAUUCUCUUACCCCGGUGCCGACGGCGUCAUCUACACUGUCACAUACGUCGCCAACGAGAACGGUUUCCAGGCCUCCGGCGCUCACCUCCCCCAGCCCCCCCAAUAAACGACGACCUGAGCCAUCUAGAUAUCUAGUCUAAUCGACCACCAAGUUGGAAUGUUACUGUUGACUGAAGUGAUUUUAAUUUGUUGGGCUGUUGCACUAAGAUAACAUAGAAAAUAUAUGUUUUUUUGAUUCCA